AUGGAUCAUUUCAAAGAAAAAUUCAGAUAUUAUAAUUCCCUAGCCGACAAAGAAUUAGCAAAAUAUCCACAAGUAAAUAAGUUGGAACAAACAACUGGAGUUCCAAAAACUUACCUUGCAGCUGGCGUUUUAAGCAUUGUAUCUAUUUUGAUAUUUUUCAAUUUUUGGGGGGAAUUACUCUCUAACCUCAUCGGAUGGCUUUAUCCUGCUUAUGCUUCUUUCAAAGCCGUUGAAAGUGCAGAGAAAACCGACGAUACUCAAUGGUUAACUUAUUGGCUUUUCCUUCCAGGUUUCAAAGGAGCUCAAGUUCUUUAUAGUAAAUUCUUUAGACCAGUUCUUUUGUCAUAUGAAGAUGGUAUUGAUCAUGGCAUUAACAAAACAAAAAAAGUUGCUAAAAGUGUUGUCAACGCUGAAACUGACCCUCCUCUUAAUAGUAAUAAGAGUGAUUAG